GAUUUUCCGACUAUCCUUGUUUUUGUUGGCUUGUGAUGGAUUUCUUUUUGAAGCGCACACCCGCAUUUUCUCGUGCACUUGGUGACGAGGAUUCUGAGGACGAUUAUGAUGAGGCGGAUACAACUGAAGACGAAGUUCUUCACUUCGUGGACAAAACGUACACACCGAUAGAUUAUGUUGCUAUCGUAAAAGAACGGCCCACCACGAAAAUAGUGGUUUCCGUUGGCCCUCUCCAGACUGCUUUUGUGACAUGCGCUUUAGCGAUCUCGGAGCAGAAUUUCCUCUGUAAACUACCUUUCUCUGUCCCAAAUUAUGGCGGUGUAGACGUGUUCUUACAACGUUUUGCCCUAGUUUACUAUUUACCAGAAUCAUCUCACGGUACUUUUGUGAUAACUUUGCCUCAUCUGAAACAGGUUAUUCAUCAUUCGCAGAAGACUGUCGUUGACUUACUUCUGCGUCCAAUAUUAGAACCCGUUCAAGAUACUGGCGCCAUAGAGCUUAUCAUACUAUACGCGCAGCCGGUUCACAAAUUCCAGGCUCCUGAGAUUCCAAACGAAUCCCUUGUCCGCAUCCUUCCAGACGAGACCUUCCAUGAAGUGACCCAUGAGGUCCCCUUUACAACAUUAGAACAGCCAAAUAUCAUCGACGGUUUCGCCGCGGAGUUUAUGACCUACGCCCAUUUUCGAAAAAUUCGAAGCUACAUUGUGGUCUUGUAUUAUAUACUUCAGGAUAACCCAGCAUACGCGUGGGAAUCAAUCAAGGAGUUGUUUGAUAAACUCAAACCGAUUCGCACGCUUUCGGAAGUGUUCUCCUUAAUGUCAACGACUUGGGACUUAGGUGACAGUAAAGAUUUGAAGGAAUAUUGCAUCUCAUGUAUAUGCGGGGAAAGACCUACUCUGAUGGAUCAAAUGUACACAUAAUAAAUCUAGAGACUUGC